UUCAGCAUGCCCCGUCCAGACGGCACUUACGCGCAGAUCAUCUGGAGAGAGGCAGACAGAGCCCGCUCGGACCCACGUCCCGGAGCAGUAACGGGCUGGAGGGAGGAGAGGACGCAGGGCAGGGUGAGCUGCGACCCGUGCGCUCUCGUUCAGCUCCGGCUAUCCGGACUAACAUAUCCAGACGAAGACCAGAGCGCCAUCGCCCGAGCUCGGAGACGCCGCAGACUGGCCGCCAACGCCCGCGAGAGGAGGAGGAUGCUGGGCUUGAACGUGGCCUUCGACCGCCUGAGGAGCGUCAUUCCGAACGUGGAGAGCGACAGGAAGCUGUCCAAGUCUGAGACGCUUCAGAUGGCACAGAUAUACAUUAGUACUCUGAGCGAGCUGCUGGAGGAAAGAGACUGCGACUCAGAAUUCAGUUACCCGAUGCUGGGGACGGGCAUGCAGGAUCAAGUCAUAAAGGGUUCAAUGCCAACCGAAGAGACCAAACCAGAGCAGAAAACUGUUCCAACCUGUAGGAUAAGAACAUAUGCUGGGAAUUUGGGGCGUCCAAGUUGUUGUGACCCCAAAACACCUGAACUCUUAGUGGACUCUCACUAUAUGGAGAGGAGUAAUGGAGCAAAAUGACACUGUUAUUGCAUUU